UUGCAAGAAGAUGAUGUAGAGUUUUAUCUUCGUGGUAACCCAAACACUCUGAAAAGCGAGAUGAUGUGUAGCACUAAUGUCGAUUUCAGCAUGCCCGAUACUCUAGCAGCAAUGCUAGGGUUUCAAAAUAAAAUUUACGAAGGAGACCAAUUACAUGUAUCAACAUUACCGAUUAAUAUUCUUCCUGUAAAUGUUAUAAGAGUAAACUGCAAUUUGGUCAGCGGAUCAUAUCUCAAUGGUAGACCGAACCAUACACUGCAUGAGUUUAGCGUGCUGGUCCCUCCCGGGUUCAAAGUUGUAGAAGUGCCUAAAACACUCAUUUACUCACCGGUCAUCGGAAAGAGUGUACACGAAAUUGUCGUCCGCAUAGUCGACCAGGACGAUAAGUUGAUAAAUUUUAGAGAGGAAGAAAUCACAUUGCGCUUACACUUGAAGAGAGAUGGGUUUUAAGUUUAUACGAAAAAACUAUAAAUUAACUCGCACUACCAAACCUACAGUCAGUAUAACACAAACCUCGAGAGUGUUAACACGUGCUAACAUUCGUUUCUUGAAACAACUCGGGUAUAAAGUGAUUAGGAAUGGAUACGGAAAUCCUGAACGUGGAAGAUGCAGUUAGUUACGAAGAUAUUAUUACAAAGACCGAAAUUCACUCGUACUUACCUUAUCUUUCUGGGCCAUAUCCUCUGUCGUCGGAAAUACGAAUUGCUGUACAAAACCAAGAUAUAUAUACGGUACCUUGCAACUCUUUUUUGCAAUUUAGAGGCACGCUUUUAAAAGAUGACGGUGAUAUUCCUACAACUACCAAGAUAGUACGUAAUGGUAUUCUUCACAUGAUCAGUAAAAUAUCUUACGAAUUAAAUGGUAUCGAGCUCGACCAAACGCGAGAUGUGGGAAUUACUUGUACUUUAAAAAAUUACUUGUCACUAACCCAUAAUCAACUACCCGCGGCUAAAAUGGCCGGAUGGGGAAUAGAACCAGAUUACAAGUUGUCGUUAUAUGCAGGCGGGAGAUUUGAAAUUUGCAUUCCUCUUGCAAUGGUGCUCGGGUAUGCAGAAGAUUAUAAGCACAUCAUAAUUAUUGCUAAGCAGGAGUUGGUGAUACUUUUAGCCAACACCCAGGUAAAUGCACUGCUCGAUACAAGCAACCAACCGGAAAAUGUAACUUUAUCCAUACACACUAUCGAGUGGCUUCUUCCUCACGUUCAAGUGAAUACAGCAGAACGCAUAAGGCUUUUGAAAUUUGUCGAGAAAGGUACAAAUAUCGAUGUUGCUUUUCGUUCUUGGAGUUUGGAAACGUACCCUAACCUUACCCAGUCUCAAAACAUAAACUGGAAUGUAAAAUCUAGUUUUGCUGCAGAAAAGCCGCGGUACAUUAUAGUAGCAUUUCAAACAAACAAACAAAAUGAUAUAAGAGCAGACCGCUCUACAUUUAAUCAUGCCAAGAUAAAAAAUAUUAAAGUUUUGUUAAACUCUGAAAGUUACCCUUAUCUGGAUAUGAAUGCAGACUUUGAAAAUGGAAGAUAUUUGCUCGCAUACCAGAUGUAUGCACAAUAUCAACAAUCGUAUUAUGGUCAGUUGUCAUCCCCGAUAUUAGGUCCCAGUGAAUUCAAAAAUAUUGCUCCUCUCUUUGUAUUUGACGUGAGUAGACAGGACGACCGUAUUAAUACUGGAGUUAUUGACUGCAAAAUUGAGAUUACAGCUGCAGAAAACAUGCCCGCAAACACUCAAGCAUAUGCUCUUAUUAUACACGAUAGACUGGCUACAUAUAAUGUCCGGGACAAAGUAGUUAAAAUACUGGUGUAAAUGCGGAAAAAGAGUUCAGUAUAGUGGCGGCUGCCAACAUGUUCGUUAAUAUCCAGGGGUUCAUGUCGCAAGUAGGAUUUAUCAUCAAGGAAAUAUGCAUAGCAUAUGUCGAUGGAAGCACUAUAUCUCGUCAAUUCUUACCGCCAUUCCCCUGGCAUCUCCUCGACUGCAAAAACCAAUCUACAAACAGAUACCUAACUAAUCACUACCACGGCCUAACAUGGCAAGAUGGAGAAAUGGAGUACGAAAAUAUUUAUAGCUUUAUUGAGGAAAGAGUUAAACAUGAAAUUGAUAGGGUCGUCUUCGUAGCCGGACCAGAACAGAAACGUUGGUUGAGCAUUUAUUGUAAAGAUAAUGUUAUAAUAUGCGACUUGCAAACAGAGUACGAGUGCCCGUCUUUGAAAAAAUUAAAUAUCAUGUACAAAAGCAAGCUAAGCCAUAGUUGCAAUGCAUGCGAGCAGGAUUGGGCUUGUCCCCGCCGAAACGCAUUGUUGUUGCGAAUGUGGGCACUGGAUGAGUCAUCAUCUGAAUGACGUCAUGCGGACAAGUUGAAACAGGAUUUUACCGAUAACACGAGGAGCAUGUCAAAUAUAAGUCUCAGUUGCAGCCUGGCUUUCGUCGAGGAAGGUUGUUUUAAAAUGUGCUCCGUGUUCAAGCCUGAAGAUGUCGGCAAGUUUUAUGGGGAUGUCACCGUUGGAUAUCACAGAGUGCACUUCAAGCCGCCUGGGAUGCCGGAAAUGGUGGAAAACUGCGAUGGUCUAGAGCACUGGAUCAGCACUAAUUAUGAAGAUUUUUUAAGUGUCGAACCAGUACCCUGCGAUUUCAGAACCUGCUCUGUCUUCUUUCUGAGACCGGACAGCCAGCUUCCGGCUACUACUGAGGAUCUCAUCGUGCAAGCUGAGCAAGAAACAAUUUACGAAGUACACGAAUUCAGCACGAUAUCCUACAAGCUGUGUCGGCCAUCCUGCAGGAGCGAUCUACGAUGGAUAGAAUAUUGUGAUGGGUACAAGCACACCACUCUCCUGAAUCAUGGUAAAACAACUUGGUCAACCAUGUGUUCGCCAAUGACGUGUGCUGUGUUCCUAUCGUCUCCAUCAUCGUCUUGGCAGCUAUAACACCGAUGAGAAGCCCACAUCAGUCUUCAGCCAUGUUUCAACCAGGCAUGAUCGAAGAGCACUCUUCAAGACUGUUUCAAACAUCGGAGGAUGAAGACGACUCUCCUGAAGAAGAAGAGAUGUUACAUCUGCGCCCAGACCCAAGGAAAGAAGCAUCUGCUCCGCGCACAUUGUUUGAAUUUGGUGCAAGUAAUUACGAUUGGGUAUGCUUCAGUCUGCAUUGUGUGAAAUAUACAUUUAGUUUUAAAGAUGAAGAAGAAGACAUUCUCACCACAAUAUAUUUUGAAAUGUGUCGCGACGGCAUUCAUUUUCGUCUCUGCUGGAACUUAUUUGCACCAUACGAAACAGUUAAACUGCUGACGAAAUUCGUCUGUGAAGAUGAAAAUUGCAUUAUAAAUCUCUGCCGACCAGAUACGCACAUGCAAUGGAAACUUGAAGACUUGAAGAUGCAAGCAGCAGCAGGAGUUGGUGAUCCAGAAUUCCAAGAAACAUGCAAUGGCAAGCAGCAUUGUAGAAGUGGUAGUAAAGCACCAUUGAACACGCCUUGUGUCGACUAUUUGUGCUCCGUGUAUAGAAAUACAUUAACGCAGGAUGCAAAGUUUACUCCUGCUAAUAUUUUGGACAUGCAAAUAAGUAUAUAAAUUUACCUCAUGCAUGCAUGCGAGUUUUAUUCUAAGUACUACCACCAACAUAGAAGCAUACCAUGCAAAAUGGAAUCCAGCAGCAGCAGCAGCAGCAGCAGCAGCACAGCAGCACCGACGGCACCGACAGCACCGACAGUGCAACGAUUGAGGGUGAAGUAAUAUGCCGAAGCAGAUGUAAGUGCAUGCAGGCACUUUGUGACUUUAUUCGACAGAUCCUGCUACUACUUGCAGAAAGUAUUAAGUAAAUAAAUGUGGUCGCGCAUAUAUAAGAAACAACCGAACCUCCACUCCAUCAUUCGGCUGUGAGCUGCCAAAGAAGACAGAAGACGAUGGCUACGUUUCAUCCGUCCAACCUCUACAUUUCGGCAAAGCCUGGCCUGAGCAGAGUCACGUACAGCUACUGGAAUGGAGGAAGAUUACGUACAUACACGGAAGAAUGUGAUGGAAAUUACCAUUCGCUCUAUGUACAUGAGCCUACAUCUUUCGAACGCUGCCAGGAAAUGAUAGACUGUUCGACGUAUGGGCAGUGUUAUGUUCACUACAUGAGAGAAGAAACCAAGCUGCCUUGCCUGCCAGAAGAAGUAAUAGCACAUGCAAAACGAAAUGACAAGCCGAGUUUGCAUGCACCAGACUGCUCCAUCAACCAGCAAAAAAAUCAAGAUUUUACAUCGCUUUUUGCUUCCACCAGCAUUCCGGAUUCCAGCUCAUCUAAACGCAAGACUGAAGAUGAGGACUUUAGAGUACUGCCUUCGAUGCCGGACAUUUCAGACGAUUGUGCUCAAAUGUGUUUUCAACUAACUCCAGUAAAUGAUGUUACCAAGGAGAGUAUUCCUUUGAAUAUAGACUCUGAAAUAAUUACUUUGUGUGUCAAAAAUGUACUAAAGAAAGUUCUUACAGACAUGCUGAAUUAUUUGUAAAUGUAAUCGAAUGUGUAUAUGCUAUUGAAAAAAGAAUAAAA